AUGAAUCUGCGGGCUUUAUUUUUGUGGGGCCAAACCUUCGGUCUUGCCAUCGCGAUUCCCCAGAGCCUUACAACCAAUACAUCAACCAGUGCAUCGAUAGGAUGGAAUGCAACCUCCGGUUACUGUGCAGGUAAUACUCCCACUGAUAGGGGAUCUUGGUGUCAAUAUGACAUCAAUACCGACUAUGAAAGCAUUGCCCCUAACACUGGCGCGACCCGCGAGUAUUGGCUCUAUAUCAACGACCUUCAGCUGAGCCCAGAUGGGGUUUCCAGAUCAGUCAUUACGGCCAACAAUACAAUCCCUGGACCUACGCUCUUUGCAGACUGGGGUGACAAUGUCAUAGUUCAUGUGACCAACAAUCUGACAAGCGUGAAAAACGGGACAAGUCUUCACUUUCACGGCAUUCGUCAGAAUUUUACCAAUUCCAACGAUGGUGUUGUUUCUCUCACCCAGUGCCCGAUUGCACCAGGCCACACGAUGACCUAUCGUUGGCGUGCUCUUCAGUAUGGAACAUCUUGGUACCAUUCUCACAUCGGCCUUCAGACGUGGGAAGGUCUCUUUGGUGGCAUAGUUAUCAACGGACCGGCCAGUGAGAACUACGACGAAGAUAUGGGGGUCCUGUUUCUGAAUGACUGGACACACACGCCUGUUGACGAGCUAUACUUGCCGGAGCGAGCGAGCUUGAAUGGACCCCCUCAGGCAGAUAAUGGGCUUAUUAAUGGCACGAAUAUAUAUAUCAAUGCAACCUCGACCACUGCCGUCAACAGCACGACAACUCUCUCCUGUAAUGGGCUUGAUCCGACUUCUUAUGUCGGGAAGCGGUUCUCCGUCAAAGUCAAACAGGGGAAGUCCUAUCGGUUUCGGGUUAUCAAUGGCGCAAUUGACGAAAACUUUGAGUUCCGGAUUGACGGACACCCUUUGACCGUUAUUGCCAUGGACCUUGUGCCAAUCAACAGCUACACCAAUGAUUCGAUCAGUAUUGGAAUGGGACAACGUUAUGACGUGAUAAUUCAUGCAAAUCAAUCUUCUGUCAGUGACACCUUUUGGAUCCAAGCUAUACCAAAUACACUCGCUUCCGGCGGCAUAAAUGCACCAAGAUUCAUGGGCCUUCUUCAAUAUAAAGAUGCUCCUACACAACCAGCGUGCCCUUCAAACGCGACAAAGGGCACUGACAUAGAUGAGCCUUUGGCUAGCCUGGUCCCAAUCGUUAAGAAGUCUCCCUUGUCAGUUAAUAGCCCCACUUGGAACGAAAGCAUCGGAACAGGACUUAAACAAAUUGAGAACGGCAAUACAUACUGGAACUGGUAUCUCAAUCACACAACAAUGCAGGUAAAUUGGGAGAACCCAUUGUUGAUGCAACUAUACAACAAUGGAAGCUUUACUAGCACCAUGGCGCCUGAUUCUGGCCUGAACGACAGCUUGGCCGCUUCUUGGACCAACAAGACCAAUUUGAUUGACCUCCCCAGAAAGGACCAAUGGGUUUAUAUCAAUAUUACUACUGGCGUCAAUGAUAACGAAGCUCAUCCCAUUCAUCUACACGGCCAUGAUUUCUAUAUCAUCGAACAAGGAGUUGGCUCAAGUAACACUGUGACCAACUUAGAAAACCCUCCCCGGCGAGAUACAGCAAUUUUGCCAGCCCUGGGCCACCUAGUUGUUGCUUUCAAGACCGACAACCCGGGCAUUUGGUUGAUGCAUUGCCAUAUUGGCUGGCACACCGAAGAAGGAUUCGCACUGCAAUUUUUGGAAAGGAAGAAUGAGAUCGCAGGACUGAUCGAUUACACGACCAUGAAUCAGACAUGUCAGGCAUGGAAAGAUUAUGCUACGAAAGCCAAUGUGAAGGAAGUAUGGGAUUCGGGGGUUUGA